UCGCUGUCGCUGUCGCUGCUCUCGCUGUCGCUGCUCUCUCUGCCGCACAGGGUGGGCGGCAGCGCCGCUCCCAGCGGGCGGCAGGGCGGACGCGGAGCCCCCGGUCCCACCGCCGCCGCCAUGGAGAAGCAUCCCGGCGGCGAGGACGAGUGCGCGGACUCGGGAGCGGAGACGGGCGGGUCUGAGUACAGCCGUAUGUCCUCUACCAGCAGUGAACUUUCUGUGGAAGGCAUACAAGACCCAUUCCUUGUUAGUGUACAUAUUAUCACAGACCCAGGUGAAUCCCAGACUCUUCAGCAGGCCAUUGAUAAGCUUCUAGCCUGGAUCCAUCCAGACCUCCAGCUGUUUCGGGUCUCAGAAAGACGAGUGCCCAGGAAGCGCAGGAAGCCACUCAAGGCUGGUGUUUCUCAGCCAGCCCUUGCUGUCAUUCUGUUCCUGCAGGAGGAGUACGGAGAAGAACCCAUCUUGCAGCUCCAUGAAACUUUUCAGCGGCCACCUUGGCAUUACCACCACACAGAGCUAAUGCAUGGGAAGUUCCUCCCGUACAUGCCAUGCAGCCAAGACUUUUACACUUUGGCUCCAGAGACUCCUCUGUGGGCCAUUCGCCCAGUGCACUACGGGAAAGAAAUGAUCCGCUUCACCAUAUACUGCAGGAAUGAGAACUUUGUGGACAUUUUGAAAUUGUAUGAGUUAAUACUGAAAAGACCAAUGUGUCAGAAAAAAGCAGACUUCUGUGUUUUUCCUGUCUAUUCUAACAUGGAAAUAGACAUUCAGUUUUCUUUAAAAAAACUCCCAAAGGGACAAGUUCCAGUGAGGACAGAGUCAGCCGUGCUGGAGUUCAGAGUGAAAGAUGUGGGGCAGCUUGUGCCUCUCUUGCCCAACCCUUGCAGCCCCAUCAGCGAAGGCAGGUGGCAGACAGAAGACCACGAUGGAAAUAGGAUCCUUUUGCAGCAAGCACACAGUUGGUGUAGGAAGUCUGCAAAGCAGAACAAGCAACCAUAUCCCUCUGUGUCAACAGAUUCCCAGUUCACCACUCUGCCAGCCUUCCUUCCUCAGAGCCACCGAUCUGUCUCUGAACAGCCACAAGAAAUGGGUCAGAAAAAGGUACAUAACACAAAUGGCCUUGGUCAUUAUCUUGGUUUCUCCCAGCAGGACUUGAGACAUGGUGAUCUAGGAGACUUCACACGCAGAUCCAGGAGUGCUUCCAUUUCUUGGUCAUUUCAACGAAGCAAGUCUCUGUUCUGCUUGCCCACAGUGAACUCUUCUUCAGCAUCAGAGACAUUUCAUUUCAGUGAACCAUUUCAGUUUUUGAAUACUGGAUCACCUGCAACCAGGUUAAAAACAUGGAAAUGCAGCCCCAAGCUUAACAUUGAUGACCUAGAGGAUGCCCAAGAGACUGAUGUGGACACUGGGAUGAAGCUGUCCUUCUCAGACCUGUCUGUGGUUUCUGCAUACUCUGCCCUUAAUGGAUUUUGCAGUGAGUUGGAAGACUCUCUUCCAUCACAGAAACAAACUGUCAGUAGGGCUAAACAGGCAGCCACCAGUGGAAGGCCUGUAUCAGCCAUGUGCAAUACUUUUGAGUCAGUUGAUGGUUCACUGCCUUCUCUUUCAGAAUGGUCUUCCAGCUCUUUCAUGUCAGCAUCUCUCUCUGAGCAACACAAACAGCCCUUGAGAGCAGCUCCCUGUUCUCUGGAUGAUUGUGUUUGCCCAGCUUCACCAGUUAAUGAAGAAGAAUUUUACAUCUGAGGCUUCUCUAACCUACACCUUCCAGAGGAAACG